AUGAAGGUAAAACCAGAAAGAAUAUUUAAAAUUACAGCGAUUUUGGGAAAAAUAACAUUUCUUAUCUGGUCUGACAAAAAAAGCAUUAAAAAAUUACUACUUCAACUAAUAUGGUGGAUAUUAAUGGUGAAUUCAACAAUACUUGCAGUAUUAUUGGGCAUAGAUGCGUACAAAAAUUACGAUAAUAUUAAUACAUUCGUAGAUAUAAUGACUAAAUUAUCAAUACGCGUGGAAAUAGUGUUUGAUUACAUUAUCUGGAAGUUUAACAGUCGUCAACUU